AACAACGAAGGUUAAACCCUGACUGGUUUCAUCGCUGCCACCAUCAAAUCUCAAAUCCCAUCACCACCACUUCCAUCACCGACGAUGAGCGUUCCCAAAGCCGUAGCAGCGACGAUCCGGUUGCGCGUUCCAGCCGGCGGAGCCCGUCCCGCACCACCAGUAGGUCCGGCGCUAGGUCAAUACCGCCUAAACCUAAUGGCGUUCUGCAAAGACUUCAACGCACGAACCCAAAAAUUCAAGCCAGACACACCAAUGGCGGUCACAAUAACAGCUUACAAAGACAACACGUUCGAGUUCAUCGUGAAAUCUCCCUCCGUCUCGUGGUAUCUGAAGAAAGCCGCCGGAAUCGAGUUAGGCAGUACUCGCCCCGGUCACGUGACCGCCACGACGCUGUCUCUUCGGCACGUGUAUGAGAUCGCGAAGGUGAAACAAUCUGAUCCGUUCUUGCAGAAUAUGCCUCUUGAGUCGCUUUCGAAAUCGAUUAUUGGUACGGCUAGUAGCAUGGGAAUUAAAAUUGUGAAGGAUCUUGAUUGAAUUGUUAAGGAAAUUCAAAGUUUGAUUUUGAAAGUGUUGAAUAAUGUUGUUAAUUGUUUAUGUUUCUAAUCUGUUUAGUGAGAAUUCACAUGAUGGUUUUGUUGUGUUGAAUACAAGUUUAGUGGAAGAAAGUGAUUAUAAUGUUAUUGUUACUUAACUGAUA